UGUCGGCCGUCGCUCGUGCCCCGUCCACUCUGUUCAAUCUCAAUCUCCUAUCGCCAAUUCGCCACUGGCCUAGGAGUAGUCCUUAGUGUGAGCCCAGCCAGCCGCGCACAGCUCCGGCGGCCGGCCAGAUAUUCCAGGGCUCCGUUCCGUUCCGUUCCGUUGCAGGAACCCAGAUUGCGGGCGGUGACAGGCUCUGUUCUUGGCCUUCUUCUGUUCCGGCGGAGUCCGUCCGGGGCCGCCUCGCUCGGCUGCUCCCGGCCGCGCCGGCGGCGGAUACCCUGAUUCGAAGUGUUCUCGCAGCGCGGCCGAGGUGUCCGGGAAUCGAUCUGAAUCAGCGCCUUCUCCGUGAGGGAGGACUGAGUUCGGAGAAUGGCUGAUAUCCAGCUAGGUUGCCACACUAUAAGGUCCCAUGGCACCAAAGUGGCAAGAUUACAUAUGUAUGAUUGGAUCAUACUCCUCUGCCUGGCUGUCCUUGACGGACUGCUAAACAUAAUUGAGCCUUUUCACCGCUUUGUUGGACGGGAUAUGAUGAUUGACUUGCGCUAUCCUCUAAAGGGCAACACAAUUCCAUUUUGGGCUGUUCCACUGAUUGCAAUUGUGCUACCCUGGUUUGUCUUUGCUGGAAUUUACUUUAAAAUGAAAAAUGUUUAUGAUUUACACCAUGGCAUACUAGGGAUUUUAUAUUCAGUGCUUAUAACUGCUGUGAUUACCGAUGCAAUUAAGGAUGGUGUUGGCCGCCCUCGCCCAGACUUCUUUUGGCGCUGUUUCCCUGACGGCAUACCUAAUUACGAUAAUAUCACCACUGAUGUCAUUUGCCAUGGAGAAAAGAGUGUCAUCAAAGAAGGUCACAAGAGCUUCCCAAGUGGGCAUUCUUCAUGGUCUUUUGCUGGUCUAGGUUUUCUGGCGUGGUACUUGGCUGGCAAACUUAAAGCUUUUGAUCGCAAAGGUCAUAUUGCAAAACUGUGCUUAGUAUUUCUGCCUCUACUUGUUGCGUCACUUGUGGCGGUUUCUCGGGUUGAUGAUUACUGGCAUCACUGGCAAGAUGUGUUUGCAGGAGGCAUCUUAGGUCUUACAGUUGCUUCAUUCUGUUACCUGCAGUUCUUCCCGUAUCCCUUUGACAAUGAUGCUAUAUGGCCUCAUGCGUACUUCCAACAGCUAGCUGAGACACACAGCAAUGGCAAUGCAAACUCGUUUGAAAUAAGACCUACAGAGUUUGAAGAUGAAGAAGAGGGACAUGGCGGCAUUGCCCUGAGAGACACCAGCCCUAUCUUGGAGUCAAUGGAGUCUGGCAGGAGACCGUGAAGCACUGCACUGCAGGUAUCUCCAAUGUGCUAAUUCUUCCGAUCUUUCCGAGCUAGACAAGCUAACUUGCAUGGCGACUUGUCAAAUUGCGUGGUUGGAUCAUGUACACGGCCUGAGUAAACAGCAUGUGGAGUUAUGUCUACCACCUUCCUGCGAUCAUUGAUGCUGGGCUGUUUCUUGUAUAGAGCAGCGGGCUUUAAUACCAUGACAUAAUAACUGUUGUGGUUAGAUGUAAAUGACAGUGAAUGUUUAUGUUUUCAGUGACAAUGUGAAUAGUUAGUUUUCGACGCUUGUUGCAACCCUUUGGUGUAAUAAAAUCAUUGGGUGGCAUGCAAAUGGUUGCAUAGUGCUUCAGAAAUCAGUAUUUCUCCAGUUGUUGUGUGCUGCUGCUGAAGGACCCUAGGCCUUUUUCAGUAAUAGCAUAAUUACACUUUGUAUAAUUAUGUACAGAAGCUUCAACUUUGUUCC